AGUGUGUGUUCACUAUGAGAUGACGAGACAUACAGCACACGGAGAAGAUUCGAUGUGGAACAGGACAGGAUGUUAGAUCGCGGCUCAUGUUGAGACAGUUUGAGUGAAAGAGUGUUUGUGUGUUUCACACACACCUGGUCGGAUCAGCGCAACUGUGCGGGAUUUCCAGGAAUCAGCUGAUCCGAGUGUUUAAUUACUUGGCAUUUGUUGACCCGUCCACACUGCUGUGAGGGGCCUUUGAUCAAGCACAUGAUGGAUCUAUCAGUCAAUAUCUCUAUCUCCAGCAGCAGGGAUGAAUCUGACCCCCCCUCUGUCCCGCCACCCAGCAUGUCCAUUGAUAAACUCUUCCCUGCUCUGCUUGAAUGUUUUGGGAUCAUUCUCUGUGGAUAUGUUGCUGGCCGUGCAAACAUCAUCCCGGCUACACAAGCCAAUGGACUGGGCAACUUUGUGUCUAAGUUUGCGCUGCCUGCUCUUCUGUUUAAAAACAUGGUGCUGCUGGACUUUGGAAAUGUAAUCUGGCCGUUUUUCUUCAGUAUUUUGGUGGCUAAAGUGACUGUGUUCUUUUUUGUGUGUGUACUGACACUUCUGGUGGCAAACAGAGAGAGCUGCUUCUCCAAAGCCGGACUGUUUUCUAUAUUUGCCACACAGAGUAAUGACUUCGCUCUGGGGUUCCCUAUAGUUGAAGCUCUGUACCAAAACACCCAUCCUGAGUAUCUGCAGUACAUCUACCUGGUGGCCCCCGUCUCCCUCAUGGUCCUAAACCCACUGGGCUUUGCCUUCUGUGAGAUACAAAGAUGGAGGACUGGUGAACCUCACCAGCACAGCAAGCUGCAUGUGCUGGGUGUGGUGGUCCUUCAAGUUUUCAAGAACCCCAUUGUGUUUAUGGUGGUGAUUGGAGUCAUUUCUCACUUCCUGCUGGGCCAGAAGAUCCCACCCUUCAUGGAGGAGUUUAUAGAUGGUUUGGCUAACUCAUUUGGAGGAGUGGCGCUGUUUUAUCUGGGUCUGUCCAUGGUGGGCCAGCUGAAGAAGCUCACUCGCUCUACUGUGGUGGCUCUUAUUCUGCUCAUCACGGCAAAACUGCUGAUGAUGCCUCUGAUCUGUCGAGGGAUGGUUGAGUUGUUGGACUGUGGAAACACCAGCUCACUGAACCACACCAGUCUGUCAAACUACGCCUUCCUGUAUGGAGUUUUCCCUACUGCUCCUAGUGUGGCCAUAUAUGCGUCCCAUUACAAUAUGGAGCUGGAAGUGGUAACCUCAGGUAUGGUGAUCAGCACAUUUCUCUCCGCUCCCAUCAUGUAUGUUUCUGCCUGGCUGUUGACGAUCCCAUGGAUGGACCCAAUGCAGCUAGCAUCAGCACUACAGAAUGUGAGCUUCAACAUCAGCAUUAUCAGCCUCUUUGCACUGGCCCUGUUCCUGCACCCCGGAGGCAGGAAACCCACCGCCGAAGCCGGCUCCUCGCUUGCGCUGGUUAAUCCCUUUCCCAGCGACUUCAGGGUCUACUUGCUCUCCCCCUCAGAUGGACACUUCAGACAGAGGAUUGGAGGCCGUACUCUCGCAGGUGGUGGAGGAGCGCCCGGUGCUGUACAUCAGCCGCAAGCUCUCCUUGAAGGAAACAAUGUAGUGUGGAGUGUUGCAGUCAUGCUACUGAGCAGGAAGUUUUUCCGAAUUCCACAUAUUUUCACUAUAAACUUGUUUGUGGCACAGUUAUUGGCCUGUGUGGGAAUGAUAGUGUGGAACUUUGUGGCAGAGCAGGACAACUUCUUGGGUCAGGUUUUGACCUUUACCCUACUGUAUGGCUCACUCUACAGCACAUAUAUUUGGCCUGGUCUGAUCGCUCUGUCUCUGCUCCUGCUGAGAAGGAAUGAAGAGGUGAAGGUCAGGUCAGGGCUCAUUCUGAUUACUGGCUGGGGUAUUCCUGUGCUGGCCUUGAGUGUCCUUCUCCUGUCAGGGGAAAGAAUGCCAGACACUAUCGACUCUGCAUUCUUUUACGGAUGGACACAGGUGAUGUGCACAUGUGUGGUGUUGUUUGUGAGUAUCGUGGUGUGCGGGGUCUCUCUCACUUUACUCAGCAGAGGCACACGGGACUAUCACACACUUAAACACAGAUCAUUAUCUGGCAGUGAGGAGGAUCUGAGACCGUCCUAUGACACAAACAGACAGACUACUGUUGAGCAGCCCUCCACCGCAGGCAGCAUCAGUGCAGAGUGUCAGAUGUGUGAGUGUGAUCUUGUGCAGCCCAUGCCUGACAUGAUCACCAGCCCCAGAGAGGAAACAUCCAUACAAGCAGGUCAGUGUAGUCAACGAUGUGCGUCCACACACUGUUUGCUGGUUGAAGAGGAGCAGAAGCAGACAGACGGACAGAACACAGACAUACAGUCAACCAGACAUGUGCUUGUGUGUCUGUUACUCAGCGUCAGUCUGCUCUCUAAUCUCUCUAGCUGUCUCUGGUGGCUCUUUAAUAAAGUUCCCGGCCGGCUGUACCUGGAGCUGCAGUUCUUUUGUGUUGUGGCAAAUUACGGGCAGGGAUUCAUUUCAUUUGCCUUUUUUGGCCUUGACAAGCAUGUGAUUAUCUCUCCAUUCAAAAAGAGGUUAAUGAGCCUGUGGCAGGGCUGGGGUCAGGAGGUCACAGGCUCUGCUGGGUCAGAGGAGAUCAGACUGACCUGCAGUCAGUUCCUCACGUAUCAUAAGGAGCAGUGCGUCCGAGAUAUUGUUCACAAGAAGAGGUGUGGAGAGUGCAGCACCACACAGGCGUUUCUGGGCAGCGACAUGGUUCGCUGGCUGCAGAGCGUAGGAUUGGCUAGUGACCAGGGGGAGGCGUUAGCAUACGGCUCACGUCUGCUCGAGGGUGGAGUCAUUCUGCAUAUCACCCACGAGCACGGAUUCCAGGAUGAAGCCUUGCACUACCGCUUCACAUAGAUGAGGCAAUGGUUCAAGCGUUUUGGCCAAUGAGCACAAUGCAUCUGAAUUAUUUAUCCUCUGAUAAUAGUCAAUAACCAGAUGUGAAAUGAGUUGGUUAAAAUGAUGCGCUUGAAGCACAUGGCCUUCACCUACCUCACAUACAUGAUGGCAAAGUGUUGAUGGAAACCAGUGACAACAUUUCAUAACUUUCUGCUGUGUUGAAUUAUAAUUGGCCCCGAGAUAUUCCUGAAUCUGUCUUUAUUUGCCAUAAACAUUCAAACACUUGUAAAUUUAACUACCAGAUUGGACUGCCUGACGAACUGAUUUCAGAAAUGAAUAAUGUAUGAUUAAAACAUUUGCCAUGUACUGCCAAUAUCAACAUUGCAUCCUUUUCUUUCAUGAAGCCUCUUAUUAAACAAGAACAGUUGAAACUAUCAGAAGCUAAUUGGCUAAUUGUCUAAACGCUUGGCAUAAUUUACUGGAACUUUCCAAGCUGCUUAAAAGCACAGUUAACAUAGUGUAUGUAAACUUCUGACCCACUGGAUUGUGAUAUAGUCAAUUAGUUAUAAUUAAAAGUGAAACAAUCUGUCUGUAAACAAUUGUUUGAGAAAUUACUCAUGUCAUGCACAAAGUAGAUGUCCCAAACGACUUGCCAAAACUAUAGUUUGCUAAUAUAAAAUCUGUGGAGUGGUUAAACAAUGAGUUUUAAUGACUUCAACCUAAGUUUUUGCAAACUUCUGACUUCAACUGUAAAUGUUGUCAUAAUGAUGAGUACAUUCUUAAUCUGAAUUUAACCAAAGCAUCAAACAGCUAAUCCAGAAUUUUGUUUGGUUUUUGCUCAUUCCCAUAUGGUAAAAAAAUAUAUUUUUUUCUAACCAAAAUAUAUUUUAAAUAUAUGCCAAAUAUAUGUUGUAACUGUUAAGCUCAAUAAAAUAUAUUUUUGAAAUCGAAAAUAUAUUUAAUUUCAACCUUCAUUUCACAAAAUAUAUUACGAAAUGUAUUUCGGGGUCAGGAAAAUACAUUUCCAACCUUACAGAAUGUGGAUGGAGAUCAAAAGUAUCCAUUAUUUAAAAAAAAAAGUGUGUUAGAAGAAUUACAUUCUAAAAUAGUUUACCGUAGAUUAACAGGAAUAUAUCCUGUGUACAACAUCAAAAAAUAGUUGGCUACAAAUAAAAACAGAGCCAAAGGUUUAGCAAGAAUAAGAUAACAAAUCAAGUUUAUUUAUUUGCUUGUCACAUUACAUGAAUACCUCACUACUAAUGUAGUGUACAGUUGACUUUGACAUUAACUGUCAGGGAUACAGUAGGACAUUUAAUGAUAAGGCAGUAAGUGUACUGUAUGAUAUGAUGUUUUGAAAAGGAACCAGAACAACUGGUCUGCUCCAGCAUACCUAAAAUCAUUUAUGCAGAGCUAAGUUCCCACUAGAAGUCUGUGGUCGGCUAAGGAACGUCGCCUUGUUGUACCAACACAAAGAGGCACCAAAACACUUUCCCGGACUUUCAGCUUCAUCAUACCACAUUGGUGGAACGACCUUCCCAACUCCAUCCGUGAAGCUGACUCACUCUCUGUCUUCAAAAAACGACUAAAAACACAUCUUUUCCAUGAGCACUCAACCAGUCAUUUAAAAAAAAAAAGAAAAUGGUUGCAAUUUAUUCUAUUUUGAAUACUAUUCUGAUGCUAGUGAUACUUUGUAAUACAGCACUUUUCAUACCACUGUCUCCUAAGAUGAUUCGCUUAUGUUUUCCUCUCUUGUAAGUCGCUUUGGAUAAAAGCGUCUGCCAAAUGAAUAAAUGUAAAUGUAAACUACAACGAUGCAAAUUGCAAUGUACACUUAAAUUUUUUGACAUUAAUUCAUUAAGGGAUACAAUAUAACACUUUAAUGGUAACACACAAAGUAUUAAAAUCAUUGGUAUAAUUUUCUGUUUAAAAUAAACAGAGCAACAACAAUGCACAAUAUAUAAUACUGCUAAUGUACCGUACAUUUGACUUUUUGCCAUUAAAUAUUCAAUUAAGUUUGUGGUUUUUUUUAACCUAUUGAUGAAAUUAAGAUGAUAAAAUAAAGGACAACAUUGAGGAUUAUUCGUAAAACACAAACGGUAAACAUUUGUAAUAAAGAUAGAAUGUUAUUUAUUGUGAAAUCUAUGCUUACCCAGCAGUUUUUCAGGGAAUUCAAAAAAUGCAUCGUCUUGUUGCAGCAUCCGUACGAUAAUUGGCGCACACAGCACAGUCUGCGCAUGCGGAUUGACGUUAGAGACUUAAUUAGAUUUAAAAAAUAAAAACUAAAAUAUUUAAAGAAUCCUAAAAAAAAAAAAAAUAAAUAAAAAUUUCUGUUCAUUAAAAAAAGCAGCUUGAUUACGUCGUUUAACUUUUUUACCAGCAGCUAAGAAAAAGGUUAGUGUUGGUCAGAACCGUGUGUGUGUGUGUGUGUGUGUGUGUGUGUGUGUGUGUGUGUGUGUGUGUGUGUGUGUGUUUUAUAUAUAUAUAUAUAUAUAUUACAUAUAAUC